ACCGCCGGCAGCCCAUGGAGUGACAGGGCUGGCGGCAAAUCGGAGGGGCCGGGCGGGAACCUGUGGCGGCGCUGGGCCGGGAGCCGAGGUGGGUGCCGAAGGGCCGGGCCAUGGGGGCAGAGCGACGGGGCUGGGGGCGCAGUGUUACCUCGGAGGAAUAUAACCCUGCUGCCCCACUGACUGGCUGGCAAUACUGGCUCCUCUACACUCCUGCCUACAGUGCCUCCUGUACCUUGGUGUAACCCAGGCAGGCUAUACAGAAUUUUCUGGGGCUCACCUAGUUGUUGCUUGUCUAAGAAAACGAGAUGGAUGGGAAGAAGUGCUACCAAGUUACAGAGAAAGUGGUUCCAGCAGGGUCCAAGUCUCUUCUUUAAAGAGAAGCUCCAGCAUCCAGGAGGCUGAAAAGUAAACACUCCAAUCAGUCACAAUGGAAGGAGGCAGCAGUCCAAAUCUGCAACUUCAGCAACUCCCAUUGGCCACGGCAGCAGUUUCUGUGCAGCCACACACUGAUUCCUUUUCAUACAAGGAGAACCUGAUUGGUGCAUUACUGGCUAUUUUUGGGCAUCUUGUCAUCAGUAUUGCACUCAACCUCCAGAAAUACAGCCACAUCCGGCUGGCAGGUUCCAAAGACCCCCGAGCCUACUUCAAAACCAAGACGUGGUGGUGUGGACUGUUCCUGCUGGUGCUGGGAGAACUGGGAGUGUUUUCCUCUUACGCCUUUGCUCCUCUUUCACUGAUUGUGCCACUCAGUGCAGUGUCUGUUAUAGCAAGUGCAAUCAUAGGAAUUAUAUUUAUUAAAGAGAAAUGGAAGCCCAAGGAUUUCUUGAGACGCUAUGUUUUGUCCUUUGUAGGCUGUGGUUUGGCAAUUGUUGGAACUUAUCUGCUGAUAACUUUUGGACCUAAUAGUCAUGAGAAGAUGACAGGAGAAAAUAUCACUAGGCAUUUAGUGAGCUGGCCAUUUCUGUUGUAUAUGCUUGUGGAGAUCAUCAUGUUCUGCCUGCUACUGUAUUUUUACAAGGAGAAAAAUGCAAACUACAUUAUAGUUAUUCUCCUGCUGGUAGCUUUGCUGGGUUCCAUGACUGCAGUGACAGUGAAGGCUGUGGCGGGCAUGAUCCUCGUCUCCAUACAAGGAAACCUGCAACUCGACUACCCCAUCUUCUACAUCAUGUUAGUGUGCAUGAUUGCAACAGCCAUCUUCCAAGCAACGUUUUUGGCACAAGCCUCACAGCUCUAUGACUCCUCUCAGAUUGCCAGUGUCGGCUACAUCCUGUCCACAACGGCAGCGAUCACAGCAGGAGCAACCUUUUACUUGGACUUCACCGGUGAAGAUGUUCUCCAUAUAUGUAUGUUUGCACUUGGGUGCCUCAUAGCAUUUCUAGGUGUCUUCCUGAUCACAAGAAAUAGGAAGAAAUCUGUACCAUUUGAACCGUACAUCUCAAUGGAUGCAAUGCCAGGCAUGCAGAACAUGCACGAUAAAGGGACUGCGGUUCAGCCUGACCUCAAAGCUUCUUUCUCCUACGGCGCCCUAGAGAACAAUGACAACAUGCCGGAAAUUUAUACUCCAGCCACGCUGCCAAUUGUGCAGGAGCAGCACGGCCCCAAAGGAGCUUCUGCUCCACCCUACCGGGUGCUAGAGCACAGCAAAAAGGAGUGAGUGGCUUUUAAGGAACUGAUUUGAAUUGUCAGAAGUAUGACCUUUAUUUAUUUACCUAUGAAAAUGUAAGCAAGUGUAAAGCCAACCUUGAAAUGGUUUAAAGCUCCUCUCAGGCUUAACUUUCAAGGUUGAUUAUUAAAAUAAAGAACUCUGUAUAGCUAUGAAGUUGAAAGCAUUCCUCUUAGCAAGAAGUAAAUCCUCCACUGAAGGUGCUGCCUGGAGUGGGGAGUGCAGUAUCCCAGCAAUAUGGAACCGAUGGGAUAGCUGAUGCUGUGAAAAUGAGCAGUGGGAAGAGAAGUGACUAGGCAGUGAUUAGUCCUGCUGGGAGCAGGGUGUCUCCAAAUAGGUAUUUCCAGGAGUUGCUUGGAGAGAGAGGAGGGCAGCAUUUAAUCUUCCAUCUACAGAGGAUGUAGUGGUUUCCAGAGAAAUUGUAACUCCUCGUCUCUGGCAUGACCACAGAACACCUUAACAUGGCAAUAAAAUGUAAUUGUGUUCAAGUGCUAAUACUGCAACUUUCUGUGUCUUUAGAGCAGCACAAUUGGUUAGAAUUAGCAAGAUGCUUUAGUCCUCCCCAACAUGAGUCUCGGGCACCUCCUGCACAGCUGUUCUGUUUAGUGUCGAGCACAUGUCCUGAGUAUGUGAAUUGUUUUAUAGCACCACAGGCUUACAUGGCAGCUUAGAACAGAGAUCAUUUGCCAGUUUUCUGUUUCAUAGCAGAAACUUCAAGUUGGGUUAAAUGGUGCAGAAGAAACACAGUGAAUUAUGAGAGCAAGAAGAAAUGAGAAGAUACAUGGCUGGUAUCUGAUGGGAAACUUUUGUAGCUCUUGAUGAGGUCCUGAUUCCCUGUUAGUUUUACUUCCUUUCUGGUUGAGGCAGGACUUUCAGCUUUGUUCAGUGGCCUUAAAUGCUUAAAGGUCUUGAUAUUCCUUAGUUAAAAAGCUCAGUACAGAUGCUGCAGCUGGGGUGUCCCCUCUUUUUUUUCCCUUU